GUUGCAGAGCGCGCGAGCGGUGCUUUAAGGCAACGAGAGGCCUGCGCGAGCGAAGCGGCGUGGAUAACCGAUUAAUGAGGAACGGUUAAUGGUUUUACUUAACACGCUAAUGGUGGUAAAGCUGGCGGACUGAGAGGAAACAACCCGACCUUCAAACUGAGCCAAACUACCAUAUGGAAUCCGCUGUGGGUGUCAGGACCGGGUGCAGAUCCAGUUGGGAGAGGACCUCUCUAUGGUAGCCGCCGCCACGCCUUCUCUGGACCGCUGCUCCUGGCCUGCAGGCCAGCAUGGCGUGCCCCGUCCAGUUCUUCUGCCGGGGGCUUCGCGCCGUUGGAUUAGUCCUCCUUUACUACGUCUUCUCCAUCGGCAUCACCUUCUAUAACAAAUGGCUGAUGAAGGGCUUCCGCUACCCCCUCUUCAUGACGUUAGUUCACCUCGCCAUCAACUUCUGCCUGGCGGCCCUGACGCGGCGGGCCAUGCAGUGCUGGGCGGGGAAACCCCGCAUCCUUCUGAGCUGGAAGGACUACCUCCGUAAAGUGUUUCCCACAUCCUUGGCAACAGCUCUGGAUAUUGGGCUUUCCAACUGGAGCUUCCUCUUCAUCACCAUCAGCUUGUACACCAUGACCAAGUCUUCAUCGGUGCUCUUUAUCCUCUUCUUCUCCCUGGUUUUUAAACUAGAGGAGCCGAACCCGUUCCUGAUCCUGGUGGUCCUGCUGAUCGCCAGCGGUCUGUUCAUGUUUACGUUCGAGUCGGCCCAGUUCAACCUAGAGGGCUUCACCAUGGUGCUGCUGGCCUCCUUCAUUGGGGGGAUCCGCUGGACGCUCACGCAGGUCCUCAUGCAGAAAGCAGAGCUGGGCCUCCAGAACCCGAUAGAUGCUUUGUACCACCUCCUGCCGCUCAUGUUCAUCGGCCUCUUCCCCCUCUUCCUGUACAAUGAAGGGCUCAGCCUCAGUAACUCGGAGAAGCUGUUCCGGGCGACGGAGCUCUCGCCCGUCCUGUACACGCUGCUCACGCUGACCGCCGGCGGGCUGCUGGCCUUCGGCCUCUGCUUCUCCGAGUUCCUGCUCGUGUCGCGGACCUCCAGCCUCACGCUCUCCAUCUCGGGGAUCUUUAAGGAGGUGUGCACUCUGAUUCUGGCAGCCGCUGUGAUGGGAGACCGAAUGAGCGUCUUCAACUGGCUGGGCUUCUCCGUCUGCCUGAGCGGCAUCUCGCUGCACGUCGGACUCAAGGUGUACGCUUCCAAAAACAAGAGUCCGUCUCUACGGCAGCUCAAGAGCACCGAGCUGGAGUUCCCGUUGCUGCGGCACGGCAGAGACGACGGGCGAGACUCGGCAGCCGAGUUCGACAACGACGAAGACGAGGAGCAGGAAAUCACUCUGCACUGAAGACACGCCGGCACCCCUCACACCUGGGCCUUCAGCCUCAUCCCAGAACCAUGAAGGAGGUGCGUCAAGUAGCAAUUAUUACCAUUAUCAAAAACGUCUGCAGGUAAUUUUCUUGAUUACGAAUGAAGUAAAGACACAACUACCACACGUCACAAUGCUCUAACCCCUGAGUUCAGGUGUGUCUCAAAACCCAAAGAUAAUCAGGUACUCUCCUUUAGAGAGAGAACGCUCACAUGUUUAUAGAAGCUGCCACAUUUCAGACGCUUUUGUCCUCAAAAGACACAUUUAUUAUCAAAUGAAUUGCUGGUUGAAUUGUAAUGUCCAACUAAAAAUGAAUGAAUGGCAGGUUUGAAUAUGUUUUUAUGGUGUUUUUUUGGUUAUUGGGACACACAAUAUAAUGUUGACUCCAGGUUAUUUCAAAAGCUGGUUGUUGUCAGCGUGUUGCAGACUCUGUGACCUGCAAUGAGCUCACAUUGCAGAGCGGUAGCAAAUGAAAUGAUUCAACGGGGUUAUUACGGUCCUACAGCCGCCAAAGAUACAGGACGCCUCGUCCGUUAUUGUCGGGGCGUUUGAUUCAUUGAUGUCGAUAGAAUUUCAACAAUUAAACAAAAUGUUUUUUAAGGAAAGGACCCAGCGAGCUUCAGGAUGGAGACGGUUCACAUAGGAUCUAUUUAUUGUUAUAAGACGUGAUUUUCGCGACGGUGAAGACCUCGAUGUGCCUUGUUCUACGUCAGAGAUGUUCUCUGAAUGCAUCACAAAGGGAUCUGACCGUGGAGCUGAAGUUCUUCAGUUUGAAACCUUUGUCAAAUUUUAUUGUUUUUUUCUUCUGUAUGAAAUGCAGCUCUGUUGAGAAAUAAAGUGAAAAGAAAACAA